UUAAAAGGAGCAGUGUGUCAGUGUGUGUAGCUUUAGUGUGCUUUCAAAAGAAGCUCGAGUCUCUCUUCUGACCUUCUUUACAGACGUGAACAUGAUGACCCUGAACACCUUUGCCCUCACAGCCAUCGUGCUCACACUCUCAGGUGUGAAAGCGCUUGUGUUGACUCAGGAGAAGACGAUGUCUGUGCAGACUGGGCAAAAUGUGAAGAUUUUGUGUUCACCCAGUACAAGUAGCUGGACCAUAACAUGGUACCAACAAAAACAUGGAAAAUCUCCAACAUUCUUGCUCUAUGAUAGCACCAGAGCGAGUGGCCUGCCAAGUCGGUUCACUUAUAGUGGCUCUGGAUCCCAAGAAUAUCUGCAUAUUAACGGUGUUCAGGCUGAAGAUGAAGCCGUGUAUUACUGUGCAUGUCACAACUGUGUGCAAAGCCGCGAUGCAACUUUCGGUGGAGGCACUGAACUGACUUUUGAUACUUCAUCUCCUCCAUCCCUCGUUCUGCUGGCUCCCUCUCAGUCUCUCUCCUCAGCUGAUGGAGUCAGGGUGGUGUGUCUGGCGCAGGGUUUCCGUCCUGACGGUGCCACUCUGUCCUGGUCUGAUAACGGCAACGCUGUAACGGGUGCCGAGGUACAGACGGGUUCGUCUCAGCGCCAGUCUGACGGCACCUUCAGCCAAAACAGUGUGCUGCAACUCAGCCCAGAGCGCUGGAACUCCGGACGUACCUACACGUGCCACCUGAACCACCCGGCUCUGACAGCACCACUGAGCCAGAGCGCCAGUGCUGAAAAGUGCAGCUAAUGUAAUUGGCUGGGCAUUAUUGGGAAUCCUCUGAGCAAAGAAAUCCACCCUCGAUGUGUCGCCUCAGAGACGGGCUCUGAGUUCCGACAUGCGCUCAUCAGCAUUGAGAGAGGAGACCUGAAAUAUAUCUAUAAAAAAACCUAAUGCUUUAGUUCAUGUCUCUGUGUGCUUCAGAGGUGCUGUGGAUCGUUUGUCUGAAAUGAUGCUCUGUAGUUUCUAUCAGCUCUCUUCAAUAAAAUGAUUUUCAAAUACAAA